AUGCAGAGAACCUACCCAAUGAUAACAGCCGCCGUGCAGCGUAGGACUACGGCCGCCCUGGUCUCCUCCUGCCGCACCCUCGCCCCCGCCGCGAGGCACUACGCCGAGGGACCCCAAACAUCAACAGAGAAAGACUUCAAGGAGGGAGGCGAGAAGUACGACAGACAAGCGCGCGGCGAACCGUCGAUGAUCUCCGGGCACGCCCAGUACGUGAAGGGAGCGGUGGAGCAGACGCUCGGGAGCAUGAUCGGGUCGGAGAGCUUGAAGAAGGCCGGCCAGGAGGAUAAGGAAGCGGGCGUGACGGAGAUGAAGGCGGCGUACCAUGGGCAGGACGACUGGAUGUCGCCCGAGCUCGAGAAGAAGCUCGGCAAGGUGAUCGGCUGCGAGGGCAUGGCCGAGAUCGGAGACGAGAAGCUGCGAAAGAAGCACGACCAGUGA